AUGAGUGGGAAAUUCGUGAGGGCCUCGAAAUAUAGACAUGUUUAUGGCCAAGUUGCCAAAAAAGAGCGCCACUACGAGAACAUUAGGAUCACCAACAAUGCUUGGGACUCUAAUUUGAUCAAAGCCAAUGGUAAAUUUUUGACGGUGAACUGGAAUUCUUCUGGAGGAGGUGCAUUUGCUGUUAUUCCUUUGGAAGAAGUGGGGAAGGCCCCAGAUCAAAUACCUCUUUUCAGAGGUCACACGGCACCUGUUCUUGAUACCGAUUUCAACCCCUUCGACGACUACUCCAUUGCUUCCGGAUCAGAUGAUGGGAAAAUAGGAAUUUGGGAAAUUCCUGCGGACUACUCUUUCCAUAAUUACUGCAACUCAGACGGCGAUCCCAAGGAUAUUUCACCUAAGAAAGUUUUGGCGGGCCACGGACGCAAGGUGGGCCAUGUCCUUUUUCACCCUACCGCCAAAAACGUGCUGGCAUCCUCUUCCCUUGAUCACACGGUUAAGAUUUGGGAUAUUGACUCUGGCAAAGAGUUGUUCACCCUAAAGCAUCCGGAUAUGGUCACGUCUAUGUCCUUCAGCUACGACGGUAAUCAUCUGGUAACGGUUAGUCGUGAUAAAAAGCUGAGAACAUGGGACAUCAGAGCGGAAAAAGUAGUGAGUGAAACACAAGCCCACUCUGGAGCCAAGAAUCAAAGAGUUGUAUGGCUUGGAAAUUCAUCGAGAGUGGCAACCACAGGUUUUUCGAAACUGAGCGAUCGCCAAAUCGGUGUCUGGGACGCUUUUGAUCUUGAAAAGGGCGAUUUGGGAGGAUUUUAUACGGUGGAUCAAUCUUCAGGGAUCAUGAUGCCUUUUUUCGACGCUUCCAACAAAAUUCUGUACUUGGUUGGCAAGGGUGACGGUAACAUCCGUUAUUUCGAAUUUCAAAAUGACGAACUUUUUGAACUUUCUGAGUUUCAGUCCGUUGAUCCUCAGAGAGGAUUCGCAGCCGCUCCAAGGAGGGCUGUAAAUGUCAAAGAGAACGAGAUUUUGAAAGCCUUCAAGACUGUCAAUGACCAUUGCAUCGAGCCCAUCUCCUUUCAUGUUCCCAGGAAGUCCGAUAGUUUCCAAGACGAUAUUUAUCCCGAUGCCCCAUCGGGUGUGGCUGCGCUUACUUCUGACGAAUGGGCAUCAGGAAAAUCUGUUGAGGGGCCUCUCCUCUUCAACUUGAGCUCGUUGUACGAUGGAUCUGAACCCAUUUUGACGUCGUCUUCGAGAACCGAACCACUCGAAACGCGCGGUGCGUCAACGGAGACCACCAAAUAUUCGAGUACUGACGGACCUGAGAAAGAGCCGAUUUCGACAUAUCCACCCUUGUCUGCUUCAGGUAAGAGUGUUUCCCCAUCAGCUACCGAAGUUACUGAGAAGGCCGCAAAUAAAACAGUCAGUUCGCAGGACGAGGAAGUCAAAUCGGAUCAACUUUUCGAAAAAACGAUCAACCAGGGAGUUGAUGCAAAGCUCAAGGAUGACAAAUCUGUCAACAGUCUUCUGCAAAAAGCUAGCAAUUUGGAUGAUAUCAACGACGCCGAAGACCCAUCGAACCGAGUUUCGACUUGGGAUGAAGAUGAUGAACAGCAACCUACGCGUCACGAAACCCCUGUCAGCCACAAAGUAGCAUCCCCGGCGAGCAAGAAGGAGGAAAGUCCGGUUACCUCGAAAAUCAGCCAAGACGAGCCAUCCACCGCCAAGCAACCUGAGCCAGCUAUGACUAUUCCCAACACCUCGGUCUUCAAUGCUAAGGCGGAACCUACGGUGAAGCCCACAGCCAGCACGUCAAAUGCUGACACUAAGGUUCCUAACGGGACCGAAUCUUUGUCUACGACAAGCAAACCUGCCGCUACCAAGUCAAUGGGUCUUUUACAGUCCGCAGAAAAGCUUUCGUCUCUGGUCCUAUACCUUGAGGGGAUUGUGGCAGAUCUGAAGAAAGCGAAUCUCGACAAGGACGACCGUCUACUGGCUUUAGAGUCUAAGGUUGAAGAAUUACUCAAAGGUAAGAAUAAAAUGUAA